CACCGCGCUCGGAUGAUAAGAUGGAUUUGUAUUAGAGUAUAUGUGUACGUUUUGCCGAAAGACAGAGUUUGUACCGUGACUGUCUAAUGUGUUGGCUCGGUUGGUAAUAAAAAGCUGAGCCGCAACAGUCUGACCCCCUAGCUUGCGUUUGGUCUCAAAUUCGUUCUCUGUUUUUAUAUCCCCCCCCUUGUUGACCGCAAAACUAUGCAGUCGUCCGUUCCUCUUGCUUAACGCUCAACAAAAGCGAGCACCGUCCUUCGCCCUUGCAGGCUGUUGCUCGAAGCAAGGGCGUCGCCAUCACGGACGUUGAGCAACCGCAGUUCCAUUCGUCGCCAUCCCUUGUCUCCUACAGCUGGCCGCAACUGCCGUCGAGGGCAAUAUAUACAUACUUCCACUUCCCCCUAUGGAGGUCAUCUCGCUGGCUAUCGACCCUUCAUCGACGCCCAACUACAACCGCAGACACCUGAAUCCUCAUAGGCCCCUUUCAGUCACCAUUCGUCAAGAUUCCGAUUUCGACCGCCUGUUCGACCAGGAAGCGCAAUCACCAGUCGUGCUAGCAAAGGACCGGCAAUCGCGACGACCAACUACCUGUGGUUUUCCUCCUCUGCCGUCGAUAAGCGCCUCGCCAGUAUGCACGCCCACGACCAGUAUGUCGUCGCGGGACUUUGACGAUUUCUCGGUCCGUGAUUUUGGCUCGUCGUCAAGCGGAACAAACGGUUUCAUCACUGCCCCGUCGACACCAGCUUCACUCAAGCUCGCAUUUACCCCACCCACAUGGAUAUCCAUACCCCCGACUCCCCCGCCAAAGUUAUUUAGACGUUCAGUCACUUGCGUCACGCGUCGCCCUUCCAUAUCCUCUUCCGCCUCUUUCCCAGCAACAGCCUCGCGACACGGCAAAGGUCCAAAGCGGAGUGCCUCCGUUCCAUUCAUGUCGCUACACCCACGGUCGACAUUCACCUCAUUCUCGCAGCGACAUACUGCUCGCUCCACAAAGGUGGAUGCAAUCAUAGCCGCGAAUACGCGCACCGCUGCGCCCGAGCGUGAUACGCGUUUCCGGCUUCAUCCUGUCUUUGACAUCGCACAUCAAGUCAGCAGUGACCUUGAGGAUAAUGGCUUUGGCGAGGAAGUGGAAGAAACUAGCCCCGAAGCUAAUUCAAGCGAUCAACAGUACGGGCUUUGGCAGACAGAGAAUCAGAAAGACCAAGUCAGGAAAUACUAUGUCUUAACAGAGCUGCUGUCAACAGAGGUACGAUAUUUGAUGGAUCUGAGAGUAUUGGUGACGAUAUAUCUUCGCAACUUAUCCACAAUGACGUGCCGAACACUGUUAACUUCGGCAUUCGGUCGAACAUCGUCUUUUACUUCUGCGUCGCGCUCCAGCUCGAAUACCCACCUGCCUACCCCCCUCAGUGCUUCUCUACCUGAUCCGCAGAGUCUGCAACCUUUGACUGCGAUUACGCUCAAGGACAAUAAGGCCCAGUCUCGGUGUCUUUUCACGAACAGUGAUAUUGAAUUGCUGACGCGGAACGCGGAAGAAGUCCUUCAGUUCCACGAAAUCUUUGUGGAGGAGAUUCGCGCAGCAUUGGUUCCACUUGGGUUCCCUGUGGAGGAGGUGGAUAAGCUUGACAAGCGCCUGGGCGUCAGAGAUGGUCGCAUCGAUAAUCUGGAGGCCUGUAUAUCAUUUGUCUCGGCCAAGUUUGCGACCGAGGCCUUAAGUUUUAACUUGUACGAAGUCUUCUGCGCUGGGCAUCCCGAGGCGAUAGACAUCGUGCGUAGGGCACAGCAACAAUACCCCCAUGAAUGGGAAGGAUACGAGCAGCGAUGUUCAGUACUCAUCGCCGACUUAGUUGGGACAGAUUCGCCUAUCAUGCCUAUCGAUAGUGAUCCCGUCCCACAUACUCCAGUUGAAAUGACGCUCAAGAGACGACGAACUUCGGCUUCGUCACUUGAUGGUGUUCGCACUUUGGUUUCAAGAUCUGGGACCACACGAGAACAUGUGCAAGAUCUUCGGAGGGACAAAAAGCGGCUAACCUUCCUCGACUAUUUGAUCAUGCCGGUGCAAAGAAUAUGUCGUUACCCUCUCUUACUCGAUCAAUUGAAACCCGGAAAGGCCUUCCAUGCCCUAUCGCUCCCACAGCCUGUUGGACAUGCUGAUUUCGAUGUUAUAGUGGAAAGUGCAGCUCAGGCCAUGAGAUCUGUAGCCACUAGGGUCGACGAGGCUCGUCAUAGACACGAUGUUGAGUUGCAGUCGUAUCUUAUUGUCGCUAGGAUAUCUAGAGCAAUGCCUGUGCCAUCCUCUACUCAAACAUCUUCUGUUGAUGCCACUCCCCAGUUCUUAACGCCCAAUUUCUUGUCUUCACUUGGUGUCUGCCUCCUCGCUGGUUCAUUAGACGUCAUGCAUUCCAGGUCGUACACAAGUAUCUCUAAUAUCAACGCUAAAUAUCUUGGUGCCUUUCUAUACCUUGGGGGCUAUCUGAUUUUGGUCAAGGUCAUCAAAGGAAAGGUCUACGAGCCCAGACAUUGGUUUCGCCUUACGGAUUUCGAUGUCGAGGAUGUCACCGAAGAUGCUCUUCUCCCGUGCUCGUUCAGACUGAUUUGUAAGGGUCACCGAUUCGAAUUGGCUGCUGCAUGUCAGAAGGAGAAGGAAACGUGGAUGUCGUCAAUACGAGAGUCUCUUUCUCAUCCAUCUUCCAGCUGGAUCAACGAGCCAACGUCAAGCCUACAGUUCGAUGGAAAAGGCGAGAUUGUGCCCUCCGCCUUGGAUGGACCCUACGAGACUAUUCACGCUCUGCCGACCAUUCAAUCGACUCCGGACAUCGAGAAGAAUCUGAACCAACCUGAACUCACGGCAACACUUCUAGACACACUGGCCCAAGAUCCCCAUCCUUCACAGCCCUAUACCAAUAAGGCCGAGACCAUAGCCCGCACUCGCAGGUCGUCGACCGCGUCCGUCAGAGCCAUAUUUACUCCCAUGUCUUCUUCCGAGCCAGAUAUUAUCGUCAUCCGACGCUCAUCGCCUUCGGCAAGAUUGCAGGUUGAUCAUUGGCUUCGUGACGUUGUAUCUGAACUUUGUCUCACGGCGAGAUUUCUUGCAACCAGUCGUGAAGAGGAAUUAUUCCAAGCUCCUAAUAUCGCUCGGCCCGGUUUACCACGUAAUAGCUCAGGUUUGAGCAUGAAGAGUAGGUUGAAGAAGCAUGAGAAUGUGAGGGUGCGAAGGGGGAAGAGUACCAUCGACAGUUCUGAGGUUUUCCAGCCUCCUGACAAGAAAUCUUCCAACUCUCGUGCGCAAUCUUUGACGAACAAAAAGCGCCCAAAGGAACGGAGCAUUAUUUCUGUUAAUAUGGAUGGCGAUUGUAUAUUUUUCCUGCCUAAUUCUGAACGAUCUGAACGGUCACCAUCUCCCUUCACGCAAUCGCCCUCGACUACCACUUCUUUUCCGCAUUCAGAACGCAGUAGCCCCACAGAAGAAGCUUCUCCUGUCACUGCUUCCGACACAGGCCACCGGCCGUGUAGUGCUCGCCCAAAUUCCCUCGUCAGCACUUUCUUUCAUCCACGAUCGUCGUCGCCCAGUUUAACAAUAUCAAAAUCACCCGCUAAUGAUAAUAAACGCCCUUCGAAUCCUGGUAUGUUCAAGCGCUGGCUGAAGGGAUCUUUCCACCAUCGUUCGUGCAGCGCGCCAGAAGAUAUAUUUCUGGAGUCGUCGAAAACCAAAGAGGAAUCUCCUACACUUCCCGACCUUAGCUUUGGAGACGAACUGAGAUUAACUCAGUCACCGAUCGUGGCUGGGACGCCUAUAUGAUUAUUUUCCAAAAAAUACGAUAAUGCACUCCUGGACCUCCGAUGGAUGUAAUUUUUAUCGCUUAGAUACGACCUAACACAUUGUACCGUUAUCCUGACAUCUGAUACCAUAUAUCGACCUU